AUGGCAAAUUUUGUUCUGCAGGUUCCAAUUCCUCUGAGGAGGUUCAGUGUAUCUGCUUCAUCCAACUCCAACGGGGCUGUUUCUGGUGGUCCAGUGAUAAUUGAGCUUCCUUUAGAUAAGAUAAGAAGACCUCUAAUGAGGACUAGAUCAAAUGAUCAAAUCAAGGUUCAAGAGCUAAUGGAUAGUAUUUCUCAAAUUGGUCUUCAAGUGCCUAUCGAUGUGCUCGAGGUUGACGGAAACUAUUAUGGUUUCUCCGGCUGUCACCGAUAUGAGGCUCACCAACGACUUGGACUCCCCACCAUACGAUGUAAAAUACGGCGUGGUACAAAAGAGACUCUAAGGCAUCAUAUGCGCUAA